AUGAUGUCUGCGGCGCUGCAUGUAGAAGGCGCUGGGGCCUCGGACUUGCAGCUGAUCCGACGACGAAUGCGACAAGGUCUUCCUCCUCAGGAUGUUCAGGAAUAUCUAUGGCGAGUAAGAAUUGAAGCAGAAGGAAUUCCCGAUGUCGUAGUGGCUCCUGAUGUCAAUCCACGACAAUUUGAUGCUCAACAGACCAGCAAUAUGCCAAAGUUGCAGUCAUUCGGUCUUCAAGCGACCGAUCCAGAUAGGGUCCCUCAUGACAAAUGGGAGAAAGAAGUGCUAGCAGAUUUUGCAGAGUUGAGACAACUACUUGCACGUUGGGAAGCCAUUGGACCGCCAAAAGCGGAGACUUUGAAGGCAGGAGACGUUCCCAUUGAGAUCUUACGGACGAACGUGCCGAGAAUGAGUGAUGAGGAUGGAUGGAUUGCCUUUUUCUUUGGCAAACCAGGGACAGAGACAACAGCCACACCGCCGCAUUUAAGACUGUUGCUGCAGUUCGAUCAGGUUUUGACCAGAAGACUGCUGGAUUAUCAUGCUACAUGGCUCAGUGAUGAGAUGAUGUCACUCUCUCGAGCACGGGCGGUAUGGAUAUAUGCAUUGCUGGCUCGCUUGGAUAAGCCCGUUCAUGCUGGUGUUGCUGCUACGAUUCGACAGAUUCUACGAUGCUGCUGGACGUUGAGGUGCGAUCUGGAAGCGCCGUCGGACCUUCAGCUCAAGUCACUAAACAUUCUUAUUGUCAUUACCGGUGGGUUCUUUGGCCAAUUGCACGACUUGGAAGAAUACGCGUGA